AUGCAUUUUGCGUACCCCCCGCGCAAAAGCUCGAAUCCCCCACCAUUCCGCCCUAGAUCUGGCCAGCUGCCUGUCCUUCGCCGUGGGCGGUUAAGAACAAUUGCCCUCGGACUGUUGGCCUGCAUACUGGUGCUCUAUCUGGUUUUCAAACCCAGCAAACAGAGCCCGUACCAUGAACGUCAGCCUGCUGGGACGCCGACCGUCGUUUUGGUGACUGUUCUCGACACGAAGCAGUACAGCGCCAGCUAUCUCAAGACGAUCCGCGAGAAUAGAGAAGAAUAUGCUUCGAGACAUGGGUACAAGACGAUCAUCACCGAAGCCGACCAGUACGACACUGCCGGAGCUCCCACGACUUGGACGAAAUUGAUGGCCACCCGCCAUGCGCUCGCCAAAUUCCCGGACUGCAAAUUCGUUUGGUACCUCGACCAAGAUGCCUACAUUAUGAACCCGUCGCGAUCGCUCGAGGAUCUUGUGCUGCAAUCGAAGCAGCUGGAGUCCCUGAUGAUCCGUGGGCAACCCGUUGUACCGCCAGACAGCAUCAUCAAGACAUUUGGUCACCUACGCGGAGAUCAUAUUGACGUCAUUCUGUCGCAAGACAAGUCUGGUAUAGUGCAUAACAACAUUAUUCUUCGUAAUGGAGAAUGGGCAAAGUUCUUCCUCGAGACCUGGCUUGACCCUCUCUACCGGAGUUACAACUUCCAGAAAGCCGAGAGACAUGCACUGGAACACAUUGUGCAGUGGCACCCAACCAUUCUGUCGAAACUGGCCCUCGUUCCUCAGCGCACGUUUGCUUCUUACUCGAAGCCGACGCUUGGCGAGCAAUACCAGGAGGGUGACUUUGUCGCCAUGUUUGCAGGCUGCUCCAAUACUGGCCGCGAGAGCUGCGAAGUCGAAUCGGGCCAUUUCUGGGAGAAGUGGAAGGCCAGCUUUGGCUAA